AAGUGGAGCGCGGCUGCGAGGCAUGGCGGAUGGCGGAUGGAGGAUGGAGGGAGAGAAUGCUUACGAUCUGAUUGCGAUAGACGCAACGCGAUACAGUAGUAGUGUAUGUAGAUAGGGGCCCACAACCGAUCGAUCGGGGGCGGGCGGGCGAGCGAUCGAUCAUCGAUUGAUUGCGCAGCAGGCCUUUCGCAAUUCCCAGAAUCGCUCGUCCUGCAGACUUGAGCGCCGGAAUGCGCAUGUGAGUGAGCGCGAGGAAGACGGUCUUCCUCCCGAGACGGUCCCUUCGAGGAGGCCUGGCCUGCAUCGCUCGCCUCUGGAGAAGGAGGGCUCGAGGAAGAGGGAGGGAUUCUGAUCUCCGAAAUCGACCGAUUCUUGCGAGAUGGCAGCUGUAGGCGCGCACCAGCCCGGCGUGUGCUCCACCACUCCGAUCACCGCAGUCGGCAGCGCUCGCCCGCACAAGAGGAAUGUCGCUUACAAAAGCAAUGGGUUCGGGCGAUCGCUGUCUGAUUUGAGGCGUAGCUCUUUGUGUCUGGCCAUCUGCGGCAACCCGACCAUCCAGUGCGUCGCUAGUGAACCGAGGCCGAAGAAAGCCGAGGCUGAGAAAGCGAUAAAGCCCAUUGCGAAUCCCGCGGCGGAUGAUGCAUCUUCUGUGGCGUCCAAUAUCAAGUACCAUGCCGAGUACACUCCAACAUUCUCACCUCUCAAGUUCGACAUUCAGAAAGCGUAUGCGGCGACCGCCGAGAGUGUCCGGGAUAAUCUGGUUCUUCGAUGGAACGAGACGUAUAAACAUCUGCAUAAGACCAACCCGAAGCACAUCCACUAUCUUUCUAUGGAGUUUCUGCAGGGACGGGCUUUGUCGAAUGCCGUUGGGAACCUCGAAAUGAGAGAUGCAUACGGUGCGGCUCUACGGAAGUUUGGCUAUGAAAUGGAGGACGUUUAUGAGCAGGAGCCGGAUGCCGCACUUGGGAACGGAGGUCUUGGUAGACUUGCUUCUUGCUUUCUAGACUCAUUGGCAACUCUGAACUAUCCGGCUUGGGGUUACGGCCUUCGCUACAAGUAUGGUCUAUUCCACCAGAAAAUUACUAAGGAAGGUCAAGAAGAGGUUGCCGAGAAGUGGCUCGAGCUUGGGCAUCCAUGGGAGAUAAUCAGGAAUGACAUCGUCUAUCCCAUCAGGUUUGGUGGAAAGGUUGUGGAAGGUUAUGAUGGGAAGAAGCAAUGGGUAGGUGGAGAAAAUAUUAUUGCUGUAGCAUACGAUGUACCAAUUCCAGGGUAUGCAACGAAGAACACCAUCAGUUUAAGGUUAUGGCAAACUAAGGUACACGCUGAAGAAUUUAACCUCGAUGCGUUCAACAACGGCGAACACGAUCGUGCUGCAAGUGCUCACGCCAGCGCAGAGAAGAUAUGCUAUGUAUUGUACCCUGGAGACGCAAGCGUCGAAGGGAAGAUACUGAGGUUAAAGCAACAGUACACUCUGUGUUCUGCCUCUGUCCAAGAUAUUAUCGCCCGCUUCAAGGAGCGUUCUGAGCUCACGGGUAGCCGAGUCAACUGGGACUUCUUCCCGUCCAAAGUGGCCAUUCAAAUGAAUGACACUCACCCAACUCUUUCUGCUCCAGAAUUGAUGCGCAUUCUGAUCGACGUGGAGGGUCUUACGUGGGAUCAGGCCUGGCACAUCACACAAGCCUCUGUGGCUUACACAAACCAUACGGUUCUUCCGGAAGCACUGGAAAAGUGGCCACUCGAUAUCUUCCAGAAGCUUCUCCCUCGCCAUUUCGAGAUUAUUGAGAAGAUCGACAACCAGUUCAUGAAGCUUCUUUUGACCAGCAAGAAGUUCGAGCCAUCAGAGAUGAUAGACAAAAUUCACCAUAUGAGAAUCCUGCACAAUAGUGACGUAUCAAAAGAGCUCAAGGCUCUUAUGCCAGCAGCUUUUGCAGCCGUUAAGCCACCAGUUGCCACCAAGGCUGCAGCUGAGGAGGAAGUCGAUGAGGCCGCAGAGAAGCAUGAUGCGUCACAACCCCAAACUGUUCGAAUGGCUAAUCUUUGUGUUAUUGCUGGACAUACCGUGAAUGGUGUAGCUGCAAUCCACAGUGAGAUCGUGAAGGACGACGUUUUCAAUGACUUUUACAGGCUUUGGCCAAACAAGUUCCAGAACAAGACAAAUGGGGUGACCCCUAGGAGAUGGUUACGCUUUUGUAAUCCAGAUCUCAGUGCUGUGAUUACCAAGUGGUUGGGAUCAGAGGAGUGGGUGCUCGACACAGAGCAACUUGCAGGUUUGCGAAAGUAUGCCGACGACAAGGAUCUUCAUCGAGAAUGGUUUCAAGCGAAGAGGAGCUGUAAGAUCAAGCUGGCAGCCUACAUCAAGGAGAAAACGGGAUACAGCAUUAGCCCCGAUGCGUUGUACGACAUACAGGUCAAGCGCAUACACGAGUACAAGCGUCAGCUUCUGAACAUCAUGGGGGUCAUUCACCGGUAUAAAAAGAUGAAAGAAAUGAGCCCUAAAGAAAGGAAGGCCAAGUAUGUGCCGCGUGUUGUGAUGUUUGGUGGCAAGGCGUUUGCCACUUACUGGCAAGCAAAGCGAAUCGUCAAGCUAAUCACUGACGUAGCCGCGACUGUCAACCACGAUCCAGAGAUAGGUGAUAUGCUGAAGGUCAUCUUCGUACCUGAUUACAACGUGAGUGUGGCUGAGGUCCUUAUUCCAGCCAGUGAACUGUCUCAGCAUAUCAGUACUGCGGGUAUGGAAGCCAGUGGAACGAGCAACAUGAAAUUCUGUAUGAACGGAUGUGUUUUGAUCGGAACACUAGACGGUGCCAACGUGGAAAUCCGAGAGGAGGUUGGAGAAGAAAAUUUCUUUUUGUUCGGUGCACGUGCCGAUCAAAUCAACGCCCUGAGGCAAGAGAGGGCGGAUGGAAAGUUCGAAGCUGAUCCGCAAUUCGAGGCCGUGAAGAAGUUCAUCAAGAGUGGGGUGUUUGGAACCUAUGACUUCCAACCCUUGCUGAGCUCCUUGGAGGGGAACGAAGGCUUUGGUCGAGGAGAUUAUUUUCUGGUUGGAAAGGACUUUCCAUCGUAUAUCAAGGCUCAAGACAAGGUGGACGAGGCCUACAAGGACAUGGAUAGGUGGACGAAAAUGUCCAUCAUGAACACGGCAGGAUCUCCCAAGUUCAGUAGUGACCGCACCAUCCACGAGUAUGCGAAAGAAAUCUGGGGCAUUGACACCUACCCAGUCCCUUAAGAAGAAAGAUAUCAGUGUUACAGUUGAAAUAGUUGCACUCAGUCGCCUUGUGCAGCGUGCAUCUACGAGGUGGGGGUUUCUCAUCUACCUCAUGUGAUAAAUUCCAGCGUAAUGCUACAUCCCACGGAGAUGCGCAUCUGUGAUAUUGGCCUCUUGUAUCGUUUUCUGUGCCGUAGAGCCGGACAUUGUUUAGUGUCAGAAACGGCCUGUACCUCUAGUCUCUCUUGUAUUUUAUCGCAAGGUAGCCUUUGUCUCGUCGAACAAGUCGACUUGGAAGCGGCUUCAAGUGCCGAUGUUGUUAGAGUUCUUCAUAGAGCUGAAAUCCAGUCGCGGAACCCAAUUUCUGUCAGUCGAGAGGCACUGAGUGACUCUAUGCCAGUCGUGACGCACUCUGUACAGCCACCCACAUGUUUCUAGCUUUCUCAGCAACAAAUUUUGAUCAAUUGUGUAUACAUAAGCUGCAGACCUCGCCUGUGGGCUGAGGGAAGAGGGUCGCAUGUUCAUAACAAUUUGCACCCUUCUUCCGAUGUCUAGAACCUUGCCGGGUGGUGAGCAAUCACCAAUCCCUUGUACCCAUCAGUACUUGUUUCCUUUGAAUUGAUCAUAACAAGCUUUUUCUCCAUGUACUCCGCCAAAUUCUGCA